AUGACAUCUCUUCAAGAAGAAAUAACAAAUGUAAAUGUUAUAACGGAUCAUGAAUCUCUUCAAUCGAUAUCUACAUCUACACAUUCAACAAAUUCAACAAUAACCAAUCAUUUACCAUCAUCUUCAACUUCACAUUUAGAUAGAUCUGGUAUAGGAUCAACAUCUAAACCUAAAAGAUUAAUCUUUUCAGCUGCUCCAACACCUAACAAUACAUAUCUACCUUCUCCCAUACCAGAAGAUCAAUCAAGAGAUAAAGAUUAUUCAAAUGAAUCAUUUACAGAAGAACUUUUAUAUUCCCCAGAUGAUUUUUCAAUCUCACCUUCACAACCUAGUUUAUCACCUUCACAUCAACCUUCAUCAUAUUCAGAUCAUACUUCAGCUCAUUUACUUUCUUCCGAUUAUAAUAGUUCUUUAUCAAGUAUACCAAUAUCUUCUAGACCUAUACCUGCACCUCCUCUACCUCUAAACGAAACCAAUGGGAACAGCGGGACGGACCUUCUUUCUACGCCUUCGACAGUAGGACCUAAACCGACGGAAGAUCAUCUUGAAGCUCAAACUUUGAGAAGUACAGUGAGGUUGAAACAGGAAGAAGUGGAUGCUCAUAGGUUAAGACAAUUAGGUUAUGAUGCGGUUUUAGGAAGGGAUUAUACUUUUUGGAGUAGUUUGGCUAUUUCUUGGUUGAAUAUUGGGUGUUUACAGGGAACCAUCUUUGCAGUUUCAGGAGCUUAUAGUUACGGAGGUCCCUUGAUGAUUAUAAUCGCUUGGCCUCUGUCUGGAAUACUAUCCAUGUGUCUCACUCUCACCCUCUCCGAACUCGCCUCAGCUUACCCGGUAUCUGGCGCCAUGGCAAGUUGGGCUUGGAAGUGCGCCCGGGGCGGAGUGGGUGGGGAGAGAGGGUGGGGUUGGUUGAUGACUGGUUUUGUGCUCGGGGGACAUGUGGGCAAUGUCCUGUUAGUUCUCUGGGAAGUAGCGGAAAUCGUCACCGGUACAAUGGGCCUUUCAUUCGUCUAUAAUCCAAAAGACUGGCAACUUCUUCUAUUCUUCCUCGCGGCAUUGGCGAUAUGUGGUACAAUACAAGGAACGGGAUGGGGGAGAAGCCAUACUUUUUGGUUGGUAUCUGGUGCUUAUGGCUUUACGAUGUGGGCCGUUUUAGUUAUCACUUUGAUUGUUGUCAUUGCUUCUAGGCCAUCUCAUGCCAGCUUCCGUCACAUGUACUUCAACGACACUGGCUUCUCCUCUAAAGCGUAUGUUUAUCUCCUCGGAUGGACAUAUACGACAAUUGCCAGUGGAGCGGAUGCGUCAGCUCAUAUGGCGGAGGAAACGAAAAAUCCAGCAAGGAACGUACCGAAUGCCAUGUCGGCCGCGAUGGCUUUGACUUAUGUUUUGGGGUAUAUCUCCAUUGUUCUUCUCCUACUAGCCAUAGACCCUAAAGACGGGAAUGCUGUCCACAACCAUCCCUUCGCCUUCGGUUACGUCCUCGAACAAGCUGUCAAUAGACAAGCCGCCAUCUCCCUGUGUUGUCUUUUGAUAGUCGCUCUUCUACUUCAGAUCAUGGCUCAACUACAAGCGUCAUCACGCUUCGUCUUCGCCCUAGCAAGAGACAACGCGUUACCCUUUUCGGAAGCUAUCAGAAGGACGAAUUCUGCUAAGCAACCUGUCAUAGCUAAUUGGGUGGUGGUUGGAUUAUGUGCACCAUUCGCGUGUUUGUUGAUUGGGUCACAUAACACUUUGUAUAGCGUUGUGGCUGUCGCUUCGAGUACUUUAAGUUAUGUGGGAUAUACCGUCCCCGUCAUUCUUUACCUCCUCUCUCGUCUAGAUCUCCAACAGGAAGGUCGUACCUCUUGGUCAUUACGAGGUCUCAGUAAACCCGUUGCUGUCGUCGGAGUCUUGUUCGGUCUGGCCGUGGUUGUCGUUCAAGCUCUACCGGGAUCAAAGCCAAUAACGGCAGAUUCGAUCAGUUGGAGUCCGGUGAUUUUCGUGGGGACUUUGUUGAUCUGUUUUUUGACGUGGAGGUUUUAUGGCGACAAACAUUACUCCGGUCCAAUUCGCGCCCUUACUAAAUGGCAAACCGGUGUAGAGCUCGAUCUCCAAUCAACACUCGCUUCUCGAUCCCGAACUUCCAAACCAUCCGAACCGACUCAACCAUCAGCCACAUCCGAGAGUCGUUUCUGUGAAGGAGAAACUCCUGAUGCAGCGAUGAAAUACCCUAUUCAAGGUUACUUCCCAGAACACGUCCCGACAGUUAUCGUUGAACCUGCCAGAACAUUGGAAGAUCAUUCUUUCGGUACUGGUACUGAAUGGACGGAUGCGAGUAUGACGGAUCUUGAAGAGGAUGGUGAGGUCAGUAGAGGUACUGUGACGAGUGGAGGUGGGAGAAGAUCUACAAUUGUACGUUGGACCAGUAUGAGCGUCAUGCCUAGUGUAUCGGAGGGAUAAGCUGGGAGGGAUUGAGGAUAGAAAAAAAGAGAAAGAAAGAAAAAGUUGUACUGUAGUAUCUGAUAUAUAUAUCAAUUGGGAUUUGGUUUGUUUGGUAUAUUUGAUAACAUCAUUUUCUUUCAAUAUGGAUUUGAGAUAAAGAUGAGAUAUGCAUUAUGUACUCUGCUCA